CGGGGGGCAGUAAAGGGGGCUGGUGUGAGAGCUGGGGCAGUUUCUGCUGGGGUCUGUCACAGGUGUGAAGAUGAAUAAACAGCCCAGUAAAGAGUCUCUGCGGGACCGGCUGAAGGGAGUGUUUGGCCUCGGCCCGCCACGGCCCCACAGCAAGCAGACGGAGAGCAAACCCUCAGAGUUUAUCAUCACACUGGAAAUCCUCAUGGAGCUCACUUCAGAGUUCAGCCUAAACCACCGGAUCAGAGUCAUCCACCAAGUGUGUGAGCUCGCCAAAUCCAAGAAGUUUGAGGAGCACGCGGUGGAGGCGUUAUGGAAGGCCGUGGAGGAUAUGAUGCACCCCGAUCAACCGCCUGAAGCCCAUCAUGCAGUGCUGGUGCUGCUGAGAGCCAUUAUACAAGGACAGGGUGAGCGGUUGGGUCCAUUGAGAGCGUACUUCUUCAAGAUCAUUCUGGACUAUCAGCCCUCUAAUGAAGAUAUGGCCGAGAGACUGGAGGUGUUCAAGGCCCUCACGGAGAACGGGAAAGACAUCACUUACCUAGAGGAGGAGAUCGCUCGGUUCGUCCUGCUGUGGAUGGAAAUCGGUCUGUCCUCUGAUUUCCUGCAUGUCCUCGUGAACCUGGUCAAAUUCAACUCGUGCUACCUGGAUGAGAACGUCUCCCUCAUGGUCCAGAAAAUCUGCUUUCUGUGUAACCGGACGACUUCCUCCACCGAUAUUGAGGUUGCGCUGCAGGUGUUAGACGCUGUGGUGUGUUAUAACUGUCUGCCCUCGGACUCUCUGACGAUGUUCAUCAUCACGCUGUGCCGAACUGUUAAUGUGAAGGAGUUCUGUGAAUCCUGCUGGAAGUUGAUGCGUAAAGUGUUGGGGACUCACCUGGGUCACAGUGCCAUAUACACCAUGUGCCGUAUCAUGGAGGAGAGGGUGUACUCGGAGGACGCCGCUCUCCUCAGGGGUGCAGUGUUUUUUGUUGGGAUGGCGCUGUGGGGGGCUCACAGACUACCGGCCCUCAAAAACACCCCGACUCUGGUCCUGCCUUCCUUCUACAAGGCCAUGAGCUGCUCUAAUGAGGUGGUGUCCUAUGAGAUCGUGCUGUCGAUCACACGGCUCAUCAAGAAGUACGGGCGAGAGCUGCAGGUGGUGACGUGGGACAUCCUGCUGUCCGUUAUAGAGAAACUCCUGCAGCAGAUACAGACGAUGGGCAGUCCUGAUCUGAAGGUGAUCGUUUAUGAGCUACUGAGCACCGUCGAGGAGCUGUACGAGCAGAACGACUUCCACGGGUCCUCGGAGAGAUUCUUCAGCCUGGUGGAGAAGUGUUCUGACAAACGUCCCGACGCGUCCGUGUUGACGCUGAUUUCCUACAGAGCUCAGUCCAUCCAGCCGGCUAAAGACGGGUGGCUGCAGAACCUCCUGAAACUCAUGGAGAAGUUCUUCAGGAACGAGAGCCGUACUAUGAUCAGGAUCAAGGUUCUGCACAUCCUGUCCUUCGUGCUCAGCACAAACCGUCAGCUCUAUGAAGAGGAGCUGAUCGAGGUGGUGGUGAUUCCUCAGCUGGGUCAGAUCGCCGAGGAUCGAGACCUGUCCGUCAGGAAGCAAGCCACGCAGCUGCUGGUGGACCUCGCCGAGGGCUGUAACACACAUCACUUCAGCAGCCUGCUGGACAUCAUAGAGAAGGUUGCCAGCCGUCCGUUAUCAUGCUCUGUGGAGGGAGAACGGGAGCUGUGUGUGGAGUCGCCCAUGGAGGACGUCCGGACCGCCAUACUGGGUCUGCUAGACAUACUGCAGAGUAAACUGUACAGUCUGCCCGCCAGUCACGCCAGUCGAGUGUUCGAGCUGCUGAUUUCCCAUCUGCAGCUUCACUAUAAGAACAAAUACUGCAGCGCUAUCGGAAGCUCCAUACGGCUAAAGGUCUUUGAUUUCUUAUUGCUGAUGAGGGCGGACUCUCUUCAUCGCCUGGGCGUUCCCAAUAAAGAUGGAGUCCUGAGAUUCAGCCCAUAUUGUCACUGUGACGUGGGUGAGUCGGAGAAGAGGGUGUCGGAUAAGAAGCCGGCGGGAACGGUCUCUCCCCCGGCUGGGAGUCCAACACCAGCGGCUCCGCCCUCAUCCAUCCGCACCGCAAAUCUGCCCUACAACCUGGCCUUCAACGUGCUGCUGCAGUGCCUGAAGAUGGAGACUGACUGGAAGGUCCUGAAGCUGGUUCUGGAUAAGAUGUCGUGCACGAUCCAGUAUAAAGUGCUGAUCUUGUCGUCUCCGUGCAGCAUCGAUCAGCUCUGCUCCACCCUAUGCUCCAUGGUCACGGACCGGCUAAUAUCGGAGCGUUUAAAGAAGACUCCCGAUGGAUUCUCCCUCACGGAUGUUCAGCUGGCUGUGGUUCCUGUCCUCACUGCCCUCACCUCCUACCACAGCUACCUAGAACAGUCCCGACAGAGGGAGCUGGUCCAGUGUUUGGAGAAAGGCCUGAUUUACCGCUGCGCUAAGCAGUGUGUGGUGGCUCUGACCAUGUGCACCGUGGAGAUGCCUGACAUCAUGAUCAAACUCCUGCCCGCCCUCAUCGUCAAGCUCACACACAUCUCUGCCACCGUGGCCAUGGCGUCUCCCAUGCUGGAGUUCCUGUCCACAUUGGUGCGGCUCCCGCGUCUCUAUGCUAACUUCGUAGCUGAGCAGUACGUUAGCGUGUUUGCUAUAUCCCUGCCGUACACCAACCCUUCAAAGUUUAAUCAGUACAUCGUGUCUCUGGCGCAUCAUGUGAUCGCCAUGUGGUUCAUCCGCUGCAGGCUGCCGUUCAGGAAAGACUUUGUGCAGUACAUCACCAAGGGUCUCCGUUCGAACGCUCUUCUGCCGUUCGACGACACACACGAGCAGAGCAGCUUCAGAGCGCGCAGCACCAGCCUGAACGAGAGACCCAAGAGUUUGCGGACGACCAAAGUGGCGAAGCAAGGCCCCAGCGCAAACUCUCCCGUUAAAGACCUGAAAGAUCUGUCGGCCAUGGACGCCUUCCGCUCCCGAAGCAUCAGUGUGUCCGAACAUGCGGUGCGCAGGAUGCAGACGUCCACCACCACCUGCAGCCUGGGCUCGGCCGACGAGAACGCGGUGAUGCAGGCAGACGACGCGCUGAAGACGGUCCACCUGGAGCUGACCGAGACCUGCCUGGACAUGAUGGCCCGAUACGUCUUCUCCAACUUCUCUGCGCUGCCCAAGAGGUCUCCCAUUGCCGAGUUCCUGUUAUCCGGUGGACCCAGUAUGACUUGGCUGGUUGGGAAUAAGUUAGUCACUAUAACAACCAGUGGCGGUUCGCGGACCCAAGCCCUUCUCGGUCUGGACAUGGUAGAAAGACCCGGAGGAGGAGAAAAGACCAGGUCGGACCCGUCUCUUCACACACUGCAGACGAAAGAGGCUCCGGCUAUACUAGAGUCACAGUCCGGCCAGCAGAUUAACACCACCACUCGCCAACGAGUCCGCUCCAGAUCAGGUGGUCACGCUCUGCGGGCCGGUCCAGCUCAGAGUCUGAGUCCCCUGGUGGCGUCUCCCGAGGGCGAGUACAGCGGCCCGUUGCCUCCGCCCGGCCCCCCGCUGGACGUCCUGGGGUCCCAGAGGGUAAUGGAGGACCACCCGUCCCCCUCUACCUCCCACAGCUCGCCCCCGUUCAGAGACAAGUCCUGCCUGGCGGAGUUUGUGCCCAUGCUGACGCAGGGCUGGGCAGAGAUCUUCAUCCGCAGACCCUCAGGGAACACCAGCUGGCUGAUGUGUCUGGAGAACCCGCCGAGCCCCUUCUCCUCGGAGCUGGGGAACCUGCCGCUGCAGGAGCUGUCCAGCGUGCUGAUGGCCAUGGACGGGGUGAAGGAGCCCCGGAGCGAUGCCCCUGGAGCUCCCCCGCAGGGCAGGCCCUGUCCCAUCCAGCGGUCCAACACCGACUCCGUUGUGUUGGAGGAGGGUGUGCCGAGCAGGACGGGCGCGUCACCGGCGGAGUCGCAGGAGGAGGAGGAGGAGUUCGAGGCCGUUCCUUCUGAACCCAUCUUCAUGAGCACCAUUCCGACACCAGCCGGCAUGCUGAGCCGGUCGUCCUCGACGUCGAGUCAGGAGGAUAAGUCGACGCUGGAGGAGGUGAGUGAAGGCGGGAUCCCGAUCGACCAGCCCGCGCUGAGCCCCGGACCACAUGACCCGGAGCUCACCUUCUCCCCCACGCCCCUGAAACAGUCCAGCUCGUCUCCGGAGCUGCAGACGCUUCCCGAAGCGCUGAGCAAAGCCCAGAGUGCCCCGGGUGGAGACGUGCUGUGCCCCAGGAUCCAGACGGCCCCGGGCCCGGAGAGAGAGGCCGCCGGGGAGAGCGUUGGGUCCGCCGGCCCGUCCAGCACCAGCGUCUCGGCCUCUUCAUCGUCCACGUCCCGGAUGAGGCUGGAGUUCCCCACGGCCCAGCCGGGACCCCAGUCUCCCACCGGACACAGGCCCCGCGGACACACCAUUUCAGUGUCCGCACCCUCGUCCCGCCGGGAGAGGAAGAUGGACAGAGACUCGUACCACAACCGAGGAGGGCCAUCCAAUGCAGAGAAGAGCUCAGGACUCAGUCCCAGUUUCGUCUUCCUGCAGCUCUAUCACUCUCCCUUCUUCGGCAACGAGUCCAACAAACCCCUCCUGCUGCCCAAAACUCAGCUGAUAGAUCGUGCCGUUAAAGUCUUGGAUCAGAUGCCUCCGUACGACACGCACAAGAUCGGUGUGGUGUUUGUGGGAGCCGGCCAGGCAAAUAACGAGGUGUCAAUACUGUCCAACGAGUACGGGUCCAACCGGUACGCACAGUUCCUGACGGGCCUGGGGAAACUGAUCCACCUGAAGGACUGCGACCCAGACCAGAUCUUCCUGGGUGGACUGGAUCAGUACGGGGACGACGGCGAGUUCACCUACUGCUGGCACGAUGACAUCAUGCAAGCCAUUUUCCACAUAGCCACUCUCAUGCCGAACCGAGAGAGCGACAGGGGCUGCUGCAACAAGAAGCGCCACAUCGGCAACGACUUCGUGGUGGUGGUUUACAACGACUCCGGGGAGGAGUACAAACUGGGCACCAUCAAGGGCCAGUUCAACUUUGUGGAGGUGCUUAUAAAGCCACUGGACUACGAGAGCAACCUGGUCACGCUGCAGUGUCGCAAAGAUCUGGAGGGUUUGGUGGACACCAGCGUGGCAAAGAUCGUCUCUGACCGCAACCUUCCUCUGCUCGUGAGACAGAUGGCGCUGCACGCCAACAUGGCGUCGCUGGUCCACCAGUCCAGGGCGAACCCAUCGGACGCGUAUGCUUCAAAAUGGCUGGCAAGAUUGAGACACAUCAAGAGGAUCAGGACCCGGGCUCAGGAGGAAAUCCAGUCCCGUCCCACUCAUGGGAUCUCUCUGACUCAAAGCCACGGCCCCAUGCAGAGUAAACCCGCCCACCAGCCCGCCGGUGCUGCUUCCAACCCGGACGCCGGCCAGAGGAAGAGGCUCGUGUCCACCGUGGAUGACUUCACAGACUUUGUGUAGCGAGAGACCCAUGAUGUGCUUUUAACUGAGAUCAGUCCGGACGAAGAACCCAUUGUGCCAGCAGGAAGAGGUCCGUUCAGCUGGUGUAUGAACUUACUGACGGUAUGAAUGAAUUUCACAAACGGAUGGAUGUACUGGAAUUAUCGCACGCCAUUUUUAGCAGUAUCGCGACGCACACGCUUUCCCGUCUUCAUCCACACGUUCGUUUCACUCAAUCGCUCUUGUUUUCCUCUCAGUAUAUGAUGUGGUAACCGUCCACACGGCUGUGCCAACAUGAACUACACCAACGCCACAGUACAGCUUCAUGGAAGCACUUCACAAUACCCUUCUAUAGUUAUCGAACUUUUCUCAGACGCGGUUUACCGUUAGUUCACGUGAUUUCAUAAUGCAACCUUGAAUGUUACAAAUACUAUUUAGAAAUGAGCACGCGCAUCAAGUGCUGUAUACGGAUCAUUCACGCUAACUGACGUGUUGAACAUUAUUGUCAAGUGUUACUGAAGACGUGAGGACGUGAAUCCAGCGUGCUGAAAGAUGACUGACCUAAUUACUUGUUUUCUGUCAUUUUCUAAUAGAGCAACACUAAAGUCAGACGUGUGCAUGUGUGCGCUUGGGCUACCAAAAUAAAACAUUGAAAUCUGCAAAGAUA